AUGUACAUCCCUGCAUCCACAGCGACAUUCCUACAGUCUGUGCGCGGCUCGCCGAUGGGCUGCUCGUCAUCGGCAGCUGCAGCUGAGCAAGACCAGGCCAUGUUCAACCGGCUUCCGCCAUUCUCACUGCGCAUGCAAAUGCCCAGCAAGCGCAACAGCAGCUACUAUGCACACAAGCAGCAGCAACAUAUGAUGGUGGUGAGCAAAAAGACUGUGCCCGCUACUCCCUCAGUCGUGCGCAAGGGUACUGGCGAGAUCGUCCGCCCAUGCUUGCGCAAGCGCAGCAACACUACGGCCAGCGUGCCUGAUUAUAGCGAGCAGCAGCGUCUUUGCAGUGGCGAUCGGACAAUAGCCAUGUCACACAUGCGCGCUCCUCGGUUUGUCCACUUUGGCGCCGACCUUGAGUGCGUGCGGUGGUUCCUCAAAGCCCAGAGCCCACAAUCUGUGUGCGAAGACGCUAUGCCUGAUUACGGCUUUUCUGACAGCGAGUGCCCUUGCGCUGCUUCUCCGCCCAAGAAGCAGCAGCAACCGUUGACUGUGCGCCUCACUCCGUUGCGCCGCCCGACACCCUCCUUCUCCACAUUUGAAGACUCUCCCGUCGUGCUUGAGCGCGUCGAGCUGGCUGACAACAAGCGCUGCUCCGCUGCCCUGCGUGGUACCAUUAAGGUACACAACAUUGCGUUUGAAAAGGCUGUGGUUGUUCGCUACUCGUUUGAUCAGUGGCGGUCGGUUCAUGAGAUUAGCGCCGAGUUUAGCCACACGCUGGUCGAGAAUCAAGGCGGACGCCCAGGCGUUGACCGCUUUGUCUUUGGCAUGGCUCUGCCCGAGUCGGUCACUGAGAAUCUGCCGACUACCAUUGCCAUGUGCGUGCGCUAUAACGUUGCCGGCAGCGAGCAUUGGGACAACAACGGCGGCACCAAUUUCAUGUUCAAGCUGGCUCCGCCUGCCAUACCAGCUAUUGCCGACGAGGACGCUGACAUGGAUACUGUGCCUACCACUCGCAGCUCUUCUGAGCUGUACGCGCCGCGGCGUCUGACAUUUGGCGGGCAGCAGCAGCAGCCCAUUGCACCUGGAUUGCCUUCAUUUGCCUCGCCCACAGCUGCUGAUACGCGCAGGUACAUGGCGCAGUCAGCGGCUGUAUUUGGUGCAUCAUCAUAUUCUUCAUCGCCAUCUGCAGGCAGUAGGCUGGGCGCUCAGGCGGAUGGAUUCUCGUCUCCCGCGGCGUACAUGCAUCCGGCAUUGUGCACCGUGCAGCAGCCAGAAUUGCCAUUGUACGAGGACAUGGCAUGGUGUGGUGGUGAUUUUGCCACUGCUUCCUUGUCAUCUUCUGGUGCAUCAUAUUACGGCGGGUAUUCUCCCUCGUUUAUGGCUGGCUCUCCUGCAUCUAUGUCUCGGUCAUCAUCGCCUUUGGCUGCUCCCUUGCGCACGGUCAGCCCUAUUCGCCACGCUGUUUUUGAUUCUGAAGGCACUGUGCGGACUGGAUCCCCAUUGUCUUGGUCUCGCACCACAACUGCGUCGGCGCUUCACUGCUGA